AUGGCGCUCUCACUGGGUCGCGUCUAUCCGUGGACCUCGCAUACACUGGGUCCGCCUGCGCACCGGCCAAUGCCGUGUUCGCCCAAGAGCACUGGUGGUGGUGGUGGUGAUGGUGGUGAUGAUGAUGAUGAGGCGCGAGCGUCGCCGCCGGCAGAUCCCAAGCGCCCUGUGCCGCCGCCCGCCUCCAGUGUCUCAGCCCAGCAGCCCGAGACGCCGACGCCGACGCCGACGCCGACAGCCACGGACAGUUCCACCAUCGCUUCCGCCACAUCGGAUUCUCUCUCUGCUCCCUGCUACUCGAGCAGCUAUCCUUCCUCGCCUCGCCAAUUGCCCGCGGACAUCAACGACCCUAUUCUCGAGGAGGCCGACGUUGGGUCCGGCACAGACUCGCCCAUCGAGCCCGUCACGCCUGUGAGCGGAGGCCGCUACUCGCAAGAUUCCACCACUCUACACCAGCAUUACUACAGCCAUUACGGCGGCCACCUGGCGCUGACAAGAGCGCACACGGCACAGAAUCCCCCAAGGCCGGGUCCGGUGAAGGCACCUUCGCUGAUUCCGCAAACCUCUGCGCCCGCGGCACUCCGCGUCAGCUCCGAUCCGGCUUCAGCAUCCAGGGCUGCCGAAUCAGCAUCCUCGCCGCAGACGCUCCCCCUCCAACGACGUGUCACCCGUGGCUCUACUCACAGUCUAAAACGCACCAUGUCUCGACUCUUCAAGCGCUCCCACUCCUCCCUGGAGAAGGACAGGGAAUACGCCAUUGUCGCCGUCCCUGCGUCAAUCUCAGGGUCUGCACCGCAAUCAACCACGUACCUGAAUGGGACUGCCGCGCCGAGCAGCCGCCUCCCCAAUGGAAACAAGUCAUCCACAACAACUCAGUCGAACUCGCCGCCAUCCCCGGGCUCGCCUCUGGAAAUAGCGCCCUCACACCGGUCCGUCGCUGACGCCGGCAGCACGCUGCCCAGCGCCGUCGACUUUCAGAAGAAGAACAGAGCAGCGACGGGCCUGACUCUUCGUGGCCGGGCUGUGAAUUUUGUCGGCGCGACAAUGGGCCGCGGAAACCGCCCCACCAAGGGCCUCCGGAGAGCGAGCAGCUUUGACACGAGCGAUAGACCGCCUGUCCCCCCGUUGCCGAAGCACAUUGAGGAGGAGAAGACGUACCCUCCCGAGCGACUCCCAUGGCCACUGCCCCCGGACGCCGGCACCGGCGCAAAGGCACGUCGCAUGAGCCUGAGCCUCCCCGACGACUUCACCGUCGACGUUGCCGAACUGCUCUCCGAGUUUGAGUACCAGCACAGGUUGCUGGGUCGGCACGGCAAGCACCUGGGCAAGGGCGCCGCCUCCAAAGUGACCCUCAUGGCCCGCAAGGGGUGUCCGGGAGAACUGUACGCGGUCAAGGAAUUUCGAGGCAAGUCGAACCGCGAAAGCCAGGGAGACUACGAGAAGAAGAUCAAGUCCGAGUUCAGCAUUGGCAAGAGUCUCCACCACCCCAACAUUGUCGAGACGGUCCGGCUAUGUACCGACCAUGGGCGCUGGAAUCAUGUCAUGGAGUACUGCUCCGAGGGCGAUCUCUUCGGUCUCGUGCAAAAGGGCUUCUUCAAGGGCGAGGACAAGAAGAAGGACCGCCUGUGCCUGUUCAAGCAGUUGAUUCAGGGUGUCAACUACCUGCACGCCAACGGCAUCGCGCACCGGGACAUCAAGCUCGAGAACCUUCUCCUGACCAAGGACAGCAAGCUGAAGAUCACCGACUUUGGAGUCUCGGAAGUGUUCAGCGGGACGCACCCCGGCCUGAGGGAGGCGGGUGGCCAGUGUGGCCAGAACAUGGGAGAGGUCCGUCUCUGCUCCCCCGGCAUCUGCGGCAGCGAGCCGUACAUUGCGCCCGAAGUGCUGGACAAGAAGCACAGCUACGACCCUCGGGCCCUGGAUGUGUGGAGCGCCGCCAUUGUCAUGAUCUACCUCACGUUUGGCGGGGGCAUCUGGUCCCGCGCGCAACUCGGCAACUUGCACUACGACAAACUGGUCAAGGGCUGGAGUAAAUGGUACGAGAAGCACCCCGAGUGCGACGCCGGCAUCACGGACACGGACUACCCCAACUGCUACGCUCUGGACGUCGGUGUCAGCCCCCCGGCGCUGCGACGCGUUCUCUUGCAAAUGCUCAACCCGGACCCCGCCAAACGCAUCCUAGUCAGCGAGGUGGUCAACAACCGCUGGAUGAAGAAUGUUGAGUGCUGCCAGCUGGAGUCGUACGAUGACCCCGAACAGUUUAUCGACGCGACCAAGAAGGACUACAGCAGCAAGAUAUCGACCAAGAAGAUAUUCUGCCACAACCACCUGCCGCCCAAGACGAGUGGAUCUCACUCGUUGGGCAAAAUGCCUGGCAGUGCUGGCUACUGA